AUCUAUUUUCUCUUGGAUUCACUUUAAAAUCAGAAAAAUUUCGGUCGCUGCGGAUUUCCUCUGUCUCCAAAAAUCGGACUCGUAUAAGUAUCCGGAAACUGUUACUUACUUUACUCUCUGUCUCUUCGCGAGAAGAAAAUUGGUCAUGGCUGAGGCCGAGACCUGUAAAGCUGUUCAAGUGGAACGCCGGGAACGACACGAGCAGGAACCAAACGACGAGUUUGAAGAAUUAGGAAAUGAAGCGAGUCAACUCGGUCAGAUAUCACGGAGAGGUGAGUUUCCGACAUCCGUGCCUCAUAAUGAAGCCGAGGUUGGAGACGCCUCGCUGGAAACCCUAGAGAAGGAUCAGCCUGGAGGGUUGCAGAAGAAUUCUGAUGCGGAAUCUAAUGGAGAAGCUGAGUUGAAGGAGAGAGCCAGGGAAAUUCACCAGGAAGAUUUAGCGGGUGCAACACCUCAGGGUGGUGAAGCACAGCCAGAAAAUCAACUACAGUCCUCUAUCUGUACAACUUCCUUGUCUGAAUUAUCACCAACUUCUGUUACACAAUCUAUAUCAUCUGCUCCAAGUCCAACUGUACAAGAACAAAGAUUGGCCCCCCAGAAAGCUAACAGUGUAUGCAUGCCAGAAGAUGACCAGCUAAAUUCUUCAAAAGUUAAAACUCUUACUGUUGUUCCUAUAAUUAAGACGCCUAGCUCUGAUGGUUAUAACUGGAGAAAAUAUGGUCAGAAACAAGUGAAAAGUCCAAAGGGUUCCCGAAGCUAUUACAAAUGCACAUAUUCCAAUUGCUCAGCUAAAAAAAUUGAGUGCUCUGAUCAUUCAGGCCAUGUCAUAGAGGUUGUUAAUAAAGGGAUGCAUAGUCAUGAUCCACCUCGAAAGAAUAACUGCAUGAAAGAAAAUAGGCUUUUGUCAUCUGCCGCGCCUGCUUUAGGGGAUACUGCAACGGAACAGCCUAUUAGGUUGCUUAGUGAUUCAGAUCCAUCCACAUCGACAAAAGUACCUAUGCAUGAAAUCCCUAUAAUUCCUGAAAGGAAAAGGCAGAAUUCGAGUGGAUCUGAUGGGAGUGGUGAAAUAGAAGUCAAGGAGGAGCAGAUUAAUGAACUAGAAGCCAAAAAAAGACUGAAAAAGGGUAACUCAGCAUGCCCGGAUCUCUUGAAACCUGGGAAGAAGCCAAAAUUUGUUGUGCAUGCAGCUGGUGAUGUGGGAAUUUCUGGUGAUGGAUACAGAUGGCGCAAGUACGGACAGAAGAUGGUUAAGGGAAAUCCUAACCCCAGGAAUUACUACAGAUGCACCUCUGCUGGAUGUCCGGUCCGUAAACACAUUGAGACAGCUGUAGAUAACACAAGUGCUGUUAUUAUAACAUACAAGGGUGUACAUGACCAUGACAUGCCUGUACCAAAGAAGCGACAUGGUUUGCCUAGUGCUCCUCUUGUUGCUGCGGCUGCUCCUGUUUCCAUGAAUAACCUGCCAUUUAAAAAAACUGAUACAGCCCAGAACCAAAAAUCAUCAACCCAGUGGUCACUGGGCACAGAAGGUGAAUUGACCGGUGAGGCCUUGGACCUUGGAGGUGAGAAAGCAAUUGAAUCAGCUCGAACUCUGCUCAGCAUUGGAUUCGAAAUCAAGCCCUGCUGAAAACUAUUACCUCACACAGAGUAUCAUAAAAUUAUCACUCGUGGGCCUUGUAUGAAAACGAUGCAGCUGUUCUAUAAAAUGAUUUGGUUGUCAGGUUUGAUUUUUUUUCCUUUUUGUAUCUUUAUUCUCUGUAGCUUCUAGUAAACAGUUGUAUAAUAGGUAUUUGUACACCUUCUUGACUUUGUUUGGAGCAGAGUAAUAGUAGAACAAUAGAGAAGUUCUUGGCUC